AUUCACCCAAAAGACACCAUCUCUGUGUCACAAUGGCAACCAAAAAACUCCCACUCCAAUCAAGCAACAAUGCCAACAUUAGCAAAACAAUCGAACAAACCUACCAAAAGAAAACCCAACUCGAACACAUCCUUCUUCGACCCGAUACAUACAUCGGAUCUGUCGAAAAACACACACAAACACUCUGGGUAUGGGAAAACGAGACCAUGGUACAUCGACCGGUCACAUACGUGCCCGGUUUGUACAAGAUCUUCGACGAGAUCUUAGUAAAUGCAGCUGAUAAUAAACAGAGAGAUCCUAAAAUGGACGCGCUUGAAGUAGUGAUCGAUCCUGAAGAGAAUUUGGUUAGCGUAUAUAAUAACGGUGAUGGAAUUCCUGUUGAGAUACAUCAGGAAGAAGGUGUUUAUGUGCCUGAACUGAUUUUCGGGCAUUUGUUGACUAGUAGUAAUUAUGAUGAUGCUGAGAAGAAGACUACUGGUGGUAGAAAUGGAUAUGGUGCUAAGCUUACCAACAUUUUUUCUACUGAAUUUGUUAUUGAAACUGCUGAUGGAAAACGACAGAGGAAAUAUAAGCAGGUUUUCUCUAACAACAUGGGAAAGAAGUCUGAACCAGUCAUAACAAAAUGCAAAGCAAGCGAGAACUGGACAAAAGUUUCAUUUAAGCCAGACUUGGCAAAGUUUAACAUGGAAAACCUUGAAGCAGAUGUUGUUGCUCUAAUGAGGAAGAGAGUGAUCGAUUUGGGUGGAUGUCUCGGAAAGACUGUGAAGGUGAAACUCAAUGAACAGCGCAUUCCCGUCAAAUCAUUUGAAGAGUAUUGCAAGCUUUUCUUAGAUGCUACUGAUGCGAAAAGGGAGUUCCUAAAAGUUAAAGACGCGGACGGAGUAUUAAGGUGGGAGAUAUGUGUGAGUUUGAGUGAAGGACAAUUUCAACAGGUCAGUUUUGUGAAUAGCAUCGCGACAAUUAAGGGUGGAACUCACGUUGAUUAUGUGGCUAACCAGAUAGCUAACCACGUAAUGGGUGUUGUGAACAAGAAGAAUAAAAAUGCUAACAUCAAAGCCCACGCAGUGAAGAACCAUUUAUGGAUGUUUGUUAAUGCUCUCAUUGACAAUCCUGCUUUUGAUUCACAAACUAAAGAAACCUUGACCCUGCGUCAGAGCAGUUUUGGUUCGAAAUGUGAACUUCAACCAGAUUUUCUGAAGAAAGUGGAGAAGAAUAUUGGCAUUGUGGACACUCUACUCUCCUGGGCAGACUUUAAAAAUAGCAAAGACCUUAAGAAGACUGAUGGGAAAAAAUCUGGGAAGGUCAACGUGGAAAAGCUAGAAGAUGCUAAUGAUGCAGGAGGGAGGAAUUCCGAUAAAUGCACAUUGAUUUUGACUGAAGGAGAUUCAGCCAAGGCUCUAGCUAUGGCUGGAAUGUCUGUUGUUGGGCGAGAUCACUAUGGCGUGUUCCCUUUGAGGGGUAAACUGCUAAAUGUAAGGGAAGCAAGUCAUAAACAGGUUUCAGAAAAUAAAGAAAUUGAAGCUAUCAAGAAGAUUCUUGGACUUCAGACAGGCAAAGAAUAUGACACUGUCAAAUCGCUCAGAUAUGGUCAUCUAAUGAUUAUGACUGAUCAGGAUCAUGAUGGUUCACAUAUCAAGGGUCUCUUAAUUAAUUUCAUCCACACUUUUUGGCCGUCCUUGCUGAAAGUUCCGUCUUUCUUGGUGGAGUUCAUAACACCAAUUGUGAAGGCUACUCAUAAAAAUGGGAGGGUACUGGCAUUUUAUACCAUGCCUGAGUAUGAGUCAUGGAGAAAUAGUUUGGGUGAUAAUUCAAGUGGUUGGUCUAUUAAGUACUAUAAGGGGUUGGGAACAAGUACUUCAAAGGAAGGAAAAGAGUACUUCCAAGAUCUUCAGAAACACAGGAAAGAUUUUUUCUGGGCAGAUAACCAAGAUGGGGAAUCAAUAGAACUUGCUUUCAGUAAGAAGAAGAUAGAAGCAAGGAAGAAUUGGCUUAGACAAUUUGAGCCUGGUACCCAUCUAGACCAGAAAGACAAGUACAUCUCAUACACUGAAUUUGUUAACAAAGAGCUUAUUCUGUUUUCAAUGGCUGACCUUCAAAGGUCUAUUCCAUCAAUGCUUGAUGGUUUGAAACCGGGUCAAAGGAAGAUUCUGUUUUGUGCAUUUAAGAGGAAUUUUUUUAAGGAAGCAAAAGUUUCCCAAUUUUCUGGUUAUGUCUCUGAGCACUCAGCUUACCAUCAUGGUGAGCAGAGUCUUAGCAGCACCAUCAUUGGAAUGGCACAGGACUAUGUUGGCAGCAAUAAUGUAAAUCUUUUGCAACCAAAUGGUCAAUUUGGUACUCGAAAUAUGGGAGGUAAAGAUCAUGCAAGCUCUAGGUACAUUUACACUAGGCUUUCACCAAUUGCAAGGUUUCUGUUUCCCAAGGAUGAUGAUACCAUUCUUGAUUACUUGAAUGAAGAUGGGCAAUCUAUUGAGCCUACUUGGUAUGUACCAAUCAUUCCAAUGGUACUUGUGAAUGGCAGUGAAGGUAUAGGGACAGGUUGGAGUUCAUACGUUCCAAAUUAUAAUCCAAGGGACCUUGUCGCUAAUGUAAGGCGCUUACUGAAUGAUGAGCUAAUGGAGCCAAUGGAUCCAUGGUAUAAAGGUUUCAAAGGAAUAAUAGAGAAAACAGCAACGAAAGAAACUGGAGCUACCUACACUGUAACUGGUAUCAUAGAGGAGGUCAAUGAAACGACUCUUAGGAUUUCUGAGUUGCCGGUCCGGAGGUGGACAGAGGAUUAUAAGCAGUUUUUGGAAUCCAUGACAGUGUCAACUGACAAGGCCAAGGAUGCCUUCAUAAAGGAAGUAAAAGCCUAUGGUGAUGAGAACUCUGUACAUUUUGAAGUGACCUUGUCAGAGGAGAAUCUGCUACUGGCCCAGCAAGAGGGUUUGCUUAAAAAGUUUAAGCUGACUACUACUAUAAGCACCAGCAAUAUGCACCUUUUUGACUCUAGGGGCAAAAUUAAGAAAUAUGACACCCCAGAAGAGAUUCUUGAGGAGUUCUACCAUGUACGACUCCAGUAUUAUGAGAAAAGAAAGAGAGCUCUAUUAGAGAUUCUCGAAUUGGAGUUGCUGAGAAUUGAGAACAAGGUGAAAUUCAUCCUUGGAGUUGUGAAAGGAGAAAUCAUUGUGAACAACAGGAAGAGAGCUGAUCUCUUGCUUGAAUUGAAGAAUAAAGGUUUUACUCCUUUCCCCAAGAAAAAGGCUGUUGAAGCUGUUGCUGCAGACACAACUGACGAUGCAGAAGAUAGCGAAGAGAGUCCAGAGGAGUCAAAUAGAGGAGUUAGGGCUAGUGAUUAUGACUACUUGCUGUCGAUGGCAAUAGGAACAUUGACUCUUGAGAAGGUUCAACAGCUGUGUGCUGAGAGGGAUAAACUGAAUGGUGAGGUGGACGAAAUGAGAAAUGCAACUCCAAAGGUUUUGUGGAUGAAAGAUCUUGAUGUCCUUGACAAACAGCUUGAUGAACAAGAUAAAAUUGAUAUUCAGACUGAGGAAGCUAGAGAGAAGAUAAAGAAGAAGACGAUGAAAGCAGCUGGAUCAAAGGCGCCCAAGCCUAAACCCCGAAAAACUACUAAGAAGGCUGGUGUAGUGGAGUCUACUGCGGAACCAAUGGACGUGUCAGUUGGUUCAACGGCGGAAACAGCCAAAGUUACUGAGGUUGUGAAGCCAAAAGGCAGAGGAGGAGGUUCAAAGAAAGCUCCUGCAAAGCAGGCAAAACCUGUUGCUGUUGAAGAUGAAGAAGAUGAUGAUGAAGUGCUAGCGUUGAAAGACAGACUUGCAGCUUACAACCUUAACUCUUCUCCAGAUCGCUCCGAAGUAAUGGAGACUGAAGCGCCAAAAGCUCAAAAGAAAGCACCUGCUAGAAAGGCUGCUGCGCAAAAGAAGACUCUGCCAUCCACUGCAGAUGUUUCUGACGAUGAGGAUGAGAUUGAAAUUAGUGAUGAUGAGUUUGAGCCAGAGGUAGCUGUGGAAGGGGAAAAGAAAGGAGGGAGGAAACCAGCAGCUUCAAAAGCAGCAGCUAAACCCCCAAAGAAGAGAGCACCAGCAGCAGCUAAUAAGCAAUCACUAAGUAUUGGUCAGAGACUCAUAACUGAAGUUUUGAAGCCUGCAGAGGAAGCUGGUGUCUCACCAGAUCGAAAAGUGAGGAAAAUGAGGGAAUCUCCAUUUAACAAGAAAAGUGGAGCUGUUAUGGCAAGUCCUGUUUCUUCCUUGGGCAGUCUAGAAGUAGAAGAGCAAGUCAGCGAAGCUGUUGUGGCUCCCAAAACUAGACCACAGAGGGUAAAUCGUGGGAAGAAGACAACAUAUGUUAUCAGUGAUUCUGAUACCGAAGAUGAGGAGAACAAUGAUUUUGAACCUUCUGAUGAUUCUGAUUUCGAUGGAGAUGAUGAUUAGAGAGGCUGCGCCUGCUCAUUUCAGAAAUCUGAAGUGUUCCCUUAGAAUCGAUGGAGUAGAUGAUUAAUCUCUGUAGUUAGUUACUGUUGUGUGUUGAUUUCUAGGCCUGUAAACCAAUGAGCUUGUUGGUUUCUUGAAAAUUUGACUGCUGCAAACAAAUCAAAAUGCCUUUCAGACCUUUGUUAAUUUCUAUGUUUUGUUGUUUCUUUUCAUUUUUUUAGUCUCGUAUGUCGAUGGAUUGUUUACUGCUCGCUAACAUCCAGAUGAUAAACUUUCAAUCAUCUUAUGAAGAAGUGCAGGUUUGAUUUUA